AUGGUGCAGCGCAUGUGGGCCGGGGCGGCCGGGCCUGCGGGCGCCGCCGAGCCGCUGUUCCCGGGCUCCCGGCGGAGCCGCAGCGUGUGGGACGCCGUGCGCCUGGAGGUGGGCGGCCCCGACAGCUGCCCGGUGGUGCUGCACAGCUUCACGCAGCUCGACCCCGACCUGCCGCGGCUGGAGAGCUCCACGCAGGAGAUCGGCGAGGAGCUGGUCAACGGGGUCGUCUACUCCAUCUCCCUGCGCAAGGUGCAGGUGCGCCACGGCACCAACAAGGGCCAGCGCUGGCUCGGGUGUGAAAACGAGUCGGCCCUGAACCUGUACGAAACCUGCAAGGUGCGGACGGUGAAGGCAGGCACGCUGGAGAAGCUGGUGGAGCACCUGGUGCCAGCCUUCCAGGGCAGCGACCUCUCCUACGUCACCAUCUUCCUGUGCACCUACCGGACCUUCACCACCACCCAGCAGGUCCUGGACCUGCUGUUCAAGAGAUACGGAUGCACCCUCCCCUAUUCCCACGAGGACGGCGGACCCCAGGACCCCCUGAGAAAUGCCAUCUCCUCCAUCCUGGGCACCUGGCUGGACCAGUAUUCGGAGGACUUCUGCCAGCCCCCGGACUUCCCCUGCCUCAAGCAGCUGGUGGCCUACGUGCAGCUCAACAUGCCUGGCUCCGACCUGGAGCGCCGUGCCCACCUCCUCCUGGCUCAGCUGGAGCACACAGAGCUUCCUGAGGCAGAGCUGGAAGCUCCAUCACCAGCUCCAGUAUCAGCUCUAAAACCAGCUCCAGAGCUAGAGUUGGCUCUGACACCGGCUCCAGCACCCCUUCCUGUGCCGGCUCCAGAGCUAAAGCCGGCUCCAUCACCGGCUCCAGAGUCAGCUCCAGAGCUAGAGCUGGCUCCAACACCGGCUCAAGCGCCCAGUCCCCUGCCAGCGCCAGCGCCAGCUCUAGCACCUGGUCUCGUGCCAGCUCCAGUGCCCAGUUUUGUGCCGGCUCUAGAGGAAGAGCUAGCUCCAACACCAGCUCUAGCACCCAGUCUCGUGCUGGCUUCAGAGCAAGAGCUGGUGCUGGCUCAGGAACUUGAGCCAGAGCUUGAACCAGCUCCAGAGCGAGAGCCAGCAGCAGCACUGACUCCCACACCGACUCCAGAGCUGGAGGCAGCUCUUUUGCAAACUCUGGAGCUCGAGCCAGCCCCAGCACCAGAGCCCUCCUGGCCUUCGCCUGUGACUGCAGAGAACGGGCUGAGCGAGGGGAGGCCUCACCUCCUGGCGUUUCCACCCGACCUCGUGGCAGAGCAGUUCACCCUGAUGGACGCGGAGCUGUUCAAGAAGGUGGUGCCCUACCACUGCCUGGGCUCCAUCUGGUCCCAGCGGGACAAGAAGGGCAAGGAGCACCUGGCUCCCACGGUCCGUGCUACCGUCACCCAGUUCAACAGUGUGGCCAACUGCGUUAUCACCACCUGCCUCGGGGACCGGAGUGUGACGGCCCGGGCCAGGGCCAGGGUGGUGGAGCACUGGAUCGAGGUGGCCAGGGAGUGCCGGGUCCUGAAGAACUUCUCCUCGCUCUACGCCAUCCUCUCCGCCCUGCGCAGCAACUCCAUCCACCGCCUGAAGAAGACGUGGGAGGAGGUUUCCAGGGACAGCGUGCGGGCCUUUCAGAAGCUGUCGGAGAUCUUCUCGGACGAGAACAACUACUCCCUGAGCAGAGAGCUGCUCAUCAAGGAGGGCACCUCCAAGUUUGCCACCCUGGAGAUGAACCCCAAGAGAGCCCAGAAGCGGCCAAAGGAGAUGGGCGUCAUCCAGGGCACCAUCCCCUACCUGGGCACGUUCCUCACGGACCUGGUGAUGCUGGACACUGCGAUGAAGGACUACCUGUAUGGGAGACUGAUCAACUUCGAGAAGAGGAGGAAGGAAUUCGAAGUCAUCGCGCAGAUCAAGCUGCUCCAGUCGGCUUGUAACAACUACAGCAUCGAGCCCGAGGGGCAGUUUGGGGCCUGGUUCCGGGCCAUGGAGCGGCUCAGCGAGACCGAGAGCUACAACCUGUCGUGCGAGCUGGAGCCACCCUCCGAGUCGGCUAGCAACACUCUGAAGGCCAAGAAGAACACAGCCAUCGUCAAACGCUGGAGCGACCGCCAGGCCCCCAGCACAGAGCUGAGCACCAGCGGCAGCUCGCACUCCAAGUCCUGUGACCAGCUCAGGUGUAGCCCCUACCUCAGUAGCGGGGACAUCGCCGACGCACUCAGCGUCCACUCGGCCGGCUCCUCCAGCUCCGACGCGGAGGAGCUCAACACGAGCUUUGUCCCGGAGUCCCCCGACGGCCAGGAAAAGAAGUUCUGGGAGUCGACCUCCCAGUCGUCCCCCGAGACCUCCGGCAUCAGCUCGGCCUCCAGCAGCGCCUCCUCCUCCUCGGCCUCCACCACGCCCGUGGCCGGCACCCGCACCCACAAACGCUCCGUCUCGGGGGUCAGCAGCUACAGCGCCUCCCUGCCGCUCUACAACCAGCAGGUGGGCGACUGCUGCAUCAUCCGCGUCAGCCUGGACGUGGACAACGGCAACAUGUACAAGAGCAUCCUGGUGACCAGCCAGGACAAGGCUCCCGCUGUCAUCCGCAAGGCCAUGGACAAGCACCACCUGGACGGGGCGGAGCCAGAGCACUACGAGCUGGUCCAGGUCAUUUCAGACGAGCGAAAGCUGAAGAUCCCGGACAACGCCAACGUGUUCUACGCCAUGAACCCUACUGCCAACUAUGACUUUGUCCUGAAGAAACGGACCUUCACCAAGGGGACAAAGGUCAGGCACGGCGCCAGCUCCACCCUCCCCCGCAUGAAGCAGAAGGGGCUCAAGAUCGCCAAGGGCCUCUUCUAGCUGGUCCCGUGUGCUGGCCCAGCCGCAGCGCGGCGCUGCCCAGGGUCGGGCUGGCCGGGCACCGAAGCACUUACAGACGACGGUGGCCGGGCCAGGCGGGCCCUUCUGCCCAGCCCGCCAGCCCGGGCCGCCCCCGGACUCCGUUCUCCCUGGACCUCCCCUGCCGCCGGGAUUGAUGCCUGCCCGCCGGCAGGCUGACCUGGCUCCCGUGGACCACUCGCCGCCUCAGGUGCCUUCUGCUCUCUGGAACCAGAGGACUAGCCGACUUUGCCAAGAGCGCUGCCCAGGGGCACGGAGCCCCGCCCGCCACCGGGCACGCCCUCGCUACACCUCCCUCGCGCCUUCCAGGCGUGGGGCACUGCCACCUGUGCCCGCGGGCACCGCUCACCCACUGGAUCUGACCACUGCAGUUCUCUCCUCGCGCCCGUGGACACCAGCCGCGCCCUUCACGGGCAGGCCCCCCCGCCCUCUAGCCUCCCUCAGGCUGCACCAAAGAUUCCAUCGUCAGGGCCACGCGAGGGAGGGAGUCCCCACCCCAGCCCGCACCCCUCGGGGGGGACGCCCUCUUCACGGACCACUUGACCCGCGAGCGGGGACCGCCUCAGCCGAGUCCCACCGAAGCCACGUCUCAGACACUGCCACCCCCGCGGCACCCUGGGCUCCACGAGGCCACACGGGACGGGGUCGGUGGGGAGGGAGGACCUGGGGGAGGGGAAGGGGUCGAAUAUUUGUAUAAA